AUGUAUUAAUUUUUUUUUUAACAUAUUUUGCAAAGGGUGGGUUUCGAUCCGUUCGAGGAAAUGCAUCAGUUGGCUUUUAAUUAAAUCAACCCUUUGUGCUCUUCCUAUGCAUGUUAUGCAGUGUACCUCACUUCCUGUCAGUAUCUGCACUUCUCUUGAUAAACUCAUUCGUGACUUUCUCUGGCUUGAUGAACCUGAUAAACGCAAACUACAUCUCAUGGGCUGGGAUACUGUUUGCUUACCUAAAGAACAGGGUGGAUUAGGUAUUAGGAAGUGUAAUAAGCUUAACCAAGCUUCUAUUCUUAAGCUUAUCUGGCGAUUCUUCACCUUGCCACACUCUCCUUGGGUUAAACUACUCCAAGCUAAAUACUCCUUCCAAAGAUCUACCAAUCCCUCUUCCCACAUUUGGAAAGCAAUGACCAAAAAUUACCCGUCCUUCCUUGAAGGAAUUUCAUGGAACAUCAACAAAGGCACUCAAGUCAAUUUCCUUCAAGAUCAUUGGCUCCCCUUCGGCCCCAUUGAUAAAAACAUUCAUGGUCCUUUCUCUGUUGAGCAUUCCUCCUUCACAGUUGUUGAUACCAUUGCCUUCCUCUCUACUUUUGGAGAGCUCCACUGUCACCUCCCACCCUCACUUGAAUACACUGUCCUUUCCCACCUCGCACUUGCCAAUCCCCUGGAAGAAGAUUGUGUCUCUUGGAAAUUUACCCUUCAUGGAUCAUUCACACUCUCCUCUGCUUACCAUAUGGUCUGUAAUUUUGAGUCACAAAAUAGGGGAGUCUCUUGGAAAUGGAUUUGGAAAUGUCUCAUUAUUCCCAAAAUUAGUUUCUUCAUUUGGUUGCUUGCUCAUGACAGAAUCCCUUCUAGAUCUCUUUUAGCCUCUCGUGGCAUACAAGUCCCUACUGCAUGCCCUCGUUAUAACUCUGCCCUAGAAACAGCCCUUCACCUUAUUAGAGACUGUCCUGUUACCAUUAAUUUCUGGAAAUCCAUAUCCAUCCCAUCUGCUCUCUAUGGUAGCUUCCAACUUAACCUCCUUAGUUGGCUUAAAGCUAACUGCACCUCUAAACUUUGGGUCACCCAUCCUAGAAUCCCUUGGGCAACUUAUUUUUGUUACCUUGUUUGGAACCUAUGGCGUGAUAGAAACAAUCUUUGUUUCCACAACUACUCUAGCUUGGAGGAAAUUGCCUCAAAAAGUAUAAGCCUUACUGCAGAAUUCUGCUCCUCUAAUCCCCAUCUUAGGAGAAUUACUUCCUGCACCUACCUUCUUAUCAGAUGGCUUUCUCCAAGGGAGGGGUGGUUUAAGCUGAACACUGAUGGAUCUUCUAACUUCACCCAAACCUGCACUGGUGCUGGUGGAGUAAUUAGAAAUCAUGAGGGUACUUGGGUCAUGGACUUUGCACAGAAUCUUGGAUAUGGAACAAAUAAUGAUGUUGAGCUUUGGGGCAUCAAAAUCGGCUUGGAAUUAGCUGCGAAAUUAAAGAUUAAACUGCUUGAAGUGGAAACUAAUUCUACUUUUGUAGUCAAUGCUCUAUCAGAUUGCUUUAUGAAAUGCUUAAAUCAUAGGACUUUGAUUGCAUCUUGCAGAUUGUUGACCCAACAGUUUGAACAGGUGCUGAUCAAGCACACAUAUCGUGAAGCAAAUGGUGUGGCUGAUACACUUGCCAAGCAUGGAGCUUUCAUGGAAGCCCCUUUUGUCACUUUUGAUUCUAUUCCGUCUUUUUGUUCCUCUAGUUACUCUCAUGAUAGAAAUGGUUGUAUUGUGUAUCGGACCACUUUUUGUAAAACUUAAUUUGCUUCAAUGAAAUUCCCAUUUCCAC